GGAGAGAUGGGCAAGUUCAGACAAGCUAGUGCCUGGGACUUGUCGUCAGCCAUCCGGGAUGAACUCAUUGUGAUUUGCAGAGCACUGUAAUUGGCUCCACCGCCAAGGAGUCCUGGUUAUGAACGAUACAGACUCUUCUCCAUUUCCCUCAUAAUCCUCUGCUGUUUGCGGUUAUUGCAAAGGAACGGGAACGUUCUAAUACCUUCUGAUACGUAUCCAUGGGUCCAUUAAAUACACUGCAUCGAGCCGAGCGCCCCUCAUUCUUUGAAGUCCGGGGUAGACUCUAUCCCAUCCUUGUGGAUCGGAUGUAAUCAAUCUUGUCCCAUCUCGCUAUCUCCUUCAUUCUCCUAGUAUCUCUAGUGACCAAAAUCCCAUCUUGACGGCCAUGUUUCUCACGUUUGAAUCAUCUCAAAAGAGCGAGAAAAGUCCACGCAACCCAAAACAUUCAAAGAGAAGUACACGCUCAAGUCGACGAGGAUCUCAACCGCGUGCCUGUGCAUCUUGUCGCCACCGCAAGAUCAAAUGUGAUGGCGAGAAACCUUGCGAAGCUUGUCGAUGGUACAGGAAGCCUGAGUUGUGUACCUACCCAGAGCGACAUGAUUCUCAAAAUUCACCAAGCCACUCAAAUGUUCACUCAGAUAAGCCAACAACAGUUCCAGCUGACUACCGGAACACAUUGGCAAGGCUGUUUCCUGACACUACCCCUGAGAACAUCGCCCACUUAUCAAGGGAUGAACUCUUGGCUUUGAUGUCUAUUGAUGGAUCACAAUAUGCUCAGCCCCAAGAUUCACCUGCAAAUGUUCCUUCAGUUGGGACAAAGGCUUCCACUUUAUCAAUGGAAAGACCCGACCUGGAAUCUUUGCAUUCAAUACCAGGAGAACAGCUCGAAGAAAAUCAGAGUUCUGGCACCUCGGAAUCGAUUGGGCACAUCUCAGAUGACGUGAAUGCUUUAUCCUUAACAAACCGCCAUCCCACAUCAUAUCUAGGAGUAUCAUCUAUUCAAGCCGCGCUCAAGGUGAUCGCGUGGCUCCACCCAGAAUUCGAAGCCUACUUUUCUCUCGCCUUGAGCAAGGAGCAAAGCGGCCAGCAAAAUAGUGUGUCACCUCAGUCCUUGGUUCCACCCGUCUCAUGCCCUCCACCAACCGAAAUGGAGAUGCUGGAUGCAUACUUUACCAAUUUCCAUCCGUUCGCACCACUAUUGGAUGAAGAAAACUUUCGAAAAACCUAUCUCGAUGGCCAGCGUAGAGACAACCGAUGGCUAUCAUUGUCGAAUAUCGUUCUCGCGUUGGGAAAUAUUGCAGCGUCAGGAUCCGGUGCAGAUAACCAGAUACAUUAUGCAUAUUUCCAGCGUGCAAUGAGUCAAUUGAAUCUGAGCUCGCUUGGAACUCCCAGCCUUGAAGUCACCCAGGCACUGGGUCUUAUGGGUGGGUGGUAUUGUCACUAUAUCAGCCAGCCAAACUUGGGAUAUUCUCUGAUGGGCGCUGCUAUGCGAAUGGCAAUCUCGUUGGGUCUGCAGCGGGAGCCAUACGACAGCCAUAUAUCCGUGAAUCCUUCGAGGUCGAGAGCGCAAGAAUCAAAACGCCGUGUCUGGUGGUCACUUUGUUGCUUGGAAAUAUGGGGUCUUGAGACACUCGGCCGACCGAGCAUGGAUUGCUUUGGUCCUGGCAUUACCGUCAACCUCCCCAACCUACUGGACAAGGAAAAUUAUACAAAGAUUCUGGCUUUGACCGAAAAUGUCCAAUUUGUGCGAAUCGCUACGAAAAUCCACGGAUUACUUGCCUCCCUCCCAACAACAAAAUACGCCGAAAUGUUCGACAUAGACUCGCAGCUCGUUCAGUGGUGGAACAAUCUUCCUGCGAUUCUAAAAGAUUAUGAACCCUGCCCGGAGUCGAUGUAUGCCGUGCGUACCGUCAUGCGCUGGCGAUAUAAAAACCAGCGCAUGCUAUUAUACCGACCCACGCUUCUCAACUACGCUAUACGAAGAAUCCCAUUCAUGGCUGUCCGAGCUGAGGAGCGUGCUGCAAUAAAAAACUGCAGCGAAAUCGCAAAGUCCUUGAUCCAGGAUAUCUCAAUAACAGCGCCGUUGAAUAAUAUGAUUGGCUGGAAUGCAGUGUGGCUUUUAUUCCAGGCCACGAUGGUUCCGCUAGUCUGUCUUUCUCUCGGCCCAACACAUGAUGUCUCUUCUGAUCUGUCUGAUGACUGCAAGGCACAGGUCGACACGGCUAUAAUGACCCUCGACCGUUUGAAACCUUACGGACAUACAGCAGAACGCUCACGAGAAGUCAUUUCUCGCAUCCUGGAAGCCAACAUGCAAAGUCCCAAUGGGGAGUCAUUUGACGCCAGUGCAAGUCAAAUUGGUGGGCAGGAUUUCCCAUUCAUGAACAUUUUGACCAACUCGCAAAGUUUCGGUCAGGAUCAGUUGGCAGAUCGGAUGACUGCAGGAUUUGGGAACGGCUGGUCAGAGUCCAUGUGGGAAUAUCUGAGUUGGGAAUCCAGUGAUCUCUGGCCAGAGAUUUCUAAGCUAAAUGGGCAGAACGAGGUGAUGCCAUUCUUAGACACCGUCGACGCUGAGAUGUGAAACCUUCUGCAGGUGGAAUUGUAUUAUAUCAUUUUCUUGAAUUGACUACAAAGCGGUUUUACCUUACGAAAGGAAGAAGAAC